AUGGAUAUUCGAAAUUUCUUCAAUAAAAUCGGACAAACAACAUCAAAGCCAGGUACAAUAAAUGCGGUUACCGCUUCAAAUAGUCCAACUGGAAAAACUCGUCCAUUAAAACGUGCUGGUGACAAUGGGCAACAAGAUACAAAAAAGAAAUUUUUGCCAGUUGUUUCAAAUCGUUCACCUGAUAACGAUGUUGAAGAUUUUCAAAUAAAUACGUCAAAAACGAAAAAACAUCAAAUUUCACCGACCAAAUUACCCUCACGUGUAAACAAAUCAAGAAAAGUUUUAGAAUACGAUGAUGACGAAGAUAUCAAAGUUAGUACAAUAGCUUUUGAAAUAAAAAAAGACUUAACCGAUGAAAAUACUCCGAAAAGUCCAUCUGACAAUGACGUAGUUACGCCAAAAAGGACUUCAUCUUCUGUAUCUAAACAACCAACAACCCCUUUAUCAGCUAAACGGAGAAAAUCAACGCCACCUUCUACAACAAAAGCCAAGCGCCCUUCGCCUCCACCUGAAGAAAAAAAACGACGUGCUGAUCAAUAUAAAGCGUAUUUAAAUCGAUCAGGUCCGAAACAUUAUGGCGAAAAGGACAUACCAGAAGGUUCUGAAGGGUGUUUGGAAGGUUUAAUAUUUGUGAUCAGUGGUGUUUUGGAUUCAUUGGAACGGGAUGAAUGUAAAGAUCUAAUUAAAAAAUAUGGUGGUGAUGUCAAAGAAACGAUUACGAAAACAAAAACCAAUUAUUUAAUUCUUGGUGACCAGGGUGGCGAAUCAAAAAAGAAAAAAGCCGAAGACUAUAAAAUUAAAAUAAUAAAUGAAGAUGGUUUACUUGAAAUGAUUCGAACUCGACCAGGAAAACGUCUAAAACCGACCCAAUUAGCUUCGACAGCAUCAACUACUCAAUCAGCAUCGUCACAACCCAUCUCACCACCAGCUGCUACAAAAUCAUCUAGCUUCUAUUCGAAUAAAAUUUCACCAAAAACAACAAAUCGAAAUAAUAAAGGUUUUACUGAAACAUUUUCAGAUAUUCAAUCAUCAACACCGGAAGUAGUGAAUAAUAGUACCACUCAAAAACCAUCGACAUCAUCUGAGAACAAUGAUCUACUAUGGGCAGAUAAAUAUCGUCCAACACAAUUGAAACAAAUUAUUGGUCAACAAGGUGAGAAAUCAUGUGUAGAAAAAUUAAUGAGUUGGUUGAAAAAUUGGCACAAAUAUCAUGGAAAAAAUGCAGUAAAACAAGAUAAGAAAAAAACAUCAACAUGGAAUAAAAAUGAUGAUCCAGCGUUGUUCAAAGCUGCAUUGUUAAGCGGUCCACCAGGAAUCGGUAAAACAACUACUGCACAAUUAGUUUGUAAAGAAUUAAACCUGCCCUAUAUCGAACGUAAUGCAUCUGAUCAACGUUCGAAAAAGACAAUUCAACAAUAUGUUGCCGACAGUAUUAGCAAUACUCAUUUGUCAGCAACAGCACUUGUCGCAGAAAAACAUGUUCUAAUAAUGGAUGAAGUUGAUGGAUCAUCGGGAAAUGAAGAUCGAGGUGGUAUUCAAGAAUUGAUACAAUUGAUAAAACGUUCGCAAAUACCUAUUAUUUGCAUUUGUAAUGAUCGUCAAUCACAAAAAAUUCGCUCAUUGGCUAAUUAUUGUUAUGAUUUACGUUUUCAUAAACCAAAAUCAGAACAAAUUAAAGGUUGUAUAAAAUCAAUAUUAUUCAAAGAACACGUUGAGAUCAAAAGUGAAAUACUUGAUCAAAUUAUACUGUCAUGUAAUCAAGAUAUUCGACAAGUUAUUCAUAGUUGUAACCUAUGGUAUACAUCACAAACACCACUAAAAUAUCAGUCAUCAUCGUAUGAACAUAUUGAUAAAGGUGUAAAUACCAAUAUAUUCGAAUUAUGUCGAAAAUCAUUGUCAAAUGAAUCACGAAAUUUGUCAAUUUUUGAGAAAUCAGAUUUAUUUUUUGAUGAUUAUCGAUUAGUUCCAUUGUUUAUUCAAGAAAAUUAUCUUCGUGUAACACCUACAACAACGUCAAAAGAUUUGAAAAUGACAACAAAUCAUCGAUUAAAUCUAAUAUCGAAAGCAGCUGACAGUAUUUGUCUAGGAGAUUUAACCAGCAAAAUCGUUUAUUCAUCAAAUGAUUGGUCAUUAUUACCCUAUAUGGGCAUAUUUUCAACUGUUGCUCCAAGUUCACUUGUACGUGGUACAACUAGUCGUAUUGAAUUUCCAAAAUGGUUGGGUCAAUGUUCAAAAACGAAUAAAUGUGUUCGUUUAUUAACUGAAUUAGAAAAACAUACGUCAUUACAAAUAUCAACAGGAAAUAAAACAGAAUUUAAUCUUGAUUACAUGCAUUAUUUAUCAUCUGCACUUAUUACCCCGUUACAACAAGAAGGUAGCGAUGGUAUUGCAAAAUGUAUUGAAUUUAUGAAUGACUAUUAUUUGACACGUGAAGAUUUACAAACGAUAGUAGAAUUAACAUCAUGGAAUGAUGGUAAAAAAAGUGGUGAUAAAAAUUCAUAUGAACAAAUUGAUUCAAAAAUAAAAGCACAAUUAACGCGAACAUUUAAUAAACAAACUCAUAAAACACCUUAUCAAAUUAUUGAUCUUAAUAAAUUAAAGAAAACUAGACAACUAGAAAAUGAAGACGAAAUUGAUGUGGAAAAAUUGGAAAAUGGUGAAAUUGAAGAAGAUAGUAGUGAUGAUGCCGAACAAAAUACCGUUGAAGCAGAUGUAAUGAUUAAAAAGUCAACAAAAAAAGCAGUAGCUAGUGAACCAUCAUCAACAAAAGCUCCAGCUAAACGUGGACGUAAAAAGUAG